CCCGUCGCCAAUUGCCAUUCCCCGUCUUGUCAUAUAUAAUCCUUAAGGUAUCGGUUGUGUGUCCGAUACCCUGACAAUCAUUCCUCACACAAUGGGCUCUGCAUCUCCAGCCCUGUCGGCCCUCAGUGGCCCUACCUAUGUGACCGCGCAGUCGCUGGUCCAGCAAGUUGCCUACUCGCUCAGCGACAAGAUCUUCACCUACUCCCCCGAGACCUUCGACCUCGAUGCCGCGCUGAAGGAAUGGGCCGCUGUCCAGGAAGCCAACGCCAAUGGCGAGACCACCGCUGUCAAGUCCAUGGAGACCCGCCAGGGUGCCGGUAACAUUGCUCUGGGAUACCUCUUCUCGCAGGACUUCGAUUUGAAGAAGCGCCACGUCCCGCAGGGUAUUGUCGCGUCGUCGGCUACUCUGCCAUACAUGCGCGCUGCUUUGGAGCAGCUGUCGUUGUUGUAUUCGGUGGCUAGCCCUGUUGCGGCUCAUGUGGCAGCUGUCGACUACGCCGGUGAGGAGGGGUUGGUUUCAGACUAUGCCUCUGCUCUCUCUCUUGCUGAGGAGCUGGGACUUGGUUUGGUCUCGAGCGCCUCUGCUCAUGAGGCUCAGCACAUGGCUCUGCUUACAACUCUGCUCGCUUCCGUCCUCCCCUCGAUCCACAUCUACGACGGUGUCCGCGUUGGUCGUGAGACCACCCGGGUUAUCGAUGUCCUUGGCCAGUCCGGUCUCUCGAACACAUACGAGGCCGUCCGGAACACUCUUGAGGACCCUCGUAGCCGUCACCUCGACGCUCAGGGCAAGCUGCUCCAGCUCCUCCAGUCCCUGAACGGUGAGCUCGGCACCGACUACGGUCUCUUCGAGUACCACGGCCACGCUGAGCCUGUCUCCGUCCUGGUUGCUUUUGGUACUGUCGAGGCUACUCUCACUGCUCAGAUCGCCCGCUCGCUCGCCAAGGAUGGUGUCUGUGUUGGUGUGAUCAACGUCCGUGUCUACCGCCCAUUCGUCGAGGAAGAAUUCCUGCGCGUCCUUCCCCAGUCCGUCAAGACCGUUGGUGUUCUUGGCCAGGUUGCCAACGAGCAGGCUGUUCAGGAAUCAAGCGUUCGUUCCGCUCUCUACGAGGACGUUCUCGCGGCAUUGACCUUCGCCGGCCGUGAACAGACUCCCUCUUGCAUCGACAUCAAAUACCCCCGCUCCCAGACCUGGGGCUUGAUCAACACCACUGCCGCUUUCCAGCUCGUCCACGAGAAGCCUAUUGUCCAGUCUGAGAACCAGGCCGCUCUGCAGCUGUUUGACCCCGCCACCGUCCAGGAGUACACCUUCUGGGAUGUUGACAGCUCUGCUUGCGUUGAUGCCGCUACUGUCCUCUCGGAGGCUCUUGCGUCUGACUCGUCCAGCAAUGUUACAACCAGCCAGACCCACGACAACUUGGUCCAAGGCGGUGCCAUCCGCGUGGACAUCCGCAAGAGUGCUAAGACUUUGGACGCUCCUUACGCCGUGACUGCUGCUGAUGUCGCUUACGUUGGCGAUGUCAAGCUCCUGGGUGACCUUGACGUCCUUGCUUCCGUCAAGGACAACGGCAAGCUCAUUGUCAACGCUCCCGGUGUCAAGGACGAUGAGCUCGAGAAGAAGCUCCCUGUCACCUUCAGACAGGCCGUUGCCCUCCGUGGUAUCUCCCUCCACCUUGUCGACCCCUCUGAGGUCGAGGCUGCUCAGCAGCCCCUUGUCCUGCAGACUGCUUUCCUGCGCGUUGCUGGCCAGGAGGGAGUUGUCAAGAAGCUUGGCAACACCGAAGCCGUCGAGAACGUCACCAAGGAGCUCGAGAAGCAGCUCCGCGAGGUCGAAAUCCCCGAGGCCUGGAAGACCCCCGAGGAGGGCACCGAGGCCCCUGAGCUCCCCAAGGACCUCUCUGCCAACAGCUUCGUGGCCUUCGACAAGAAUGACCACGAGCCUCCCACUCUCCUCAGGGACUGGCAGACCGUUGCCAUGGGUCUGUCCUUCAAGGAGGCCUACAACGCGAAGCCUGCUCUCCGCCCUGAUCAGCCUACCAAGACCUUCACCGUCCAUGUCAAGGAGAACCGUCGUCUCACCCCUGUCACCUACGACCGUAACAUCUUCCACAUCGAGUUCGAUCUUGGUGACUCCGGUCUGAAGUACGACAUCGGUGAGGCCCUGGGUGUGCACGCCGAGAACGACCCCAAGGAAGUCGAGGACUUCAUCCAGUACUACGGCCUCGUCCCCGAAAACGUCGUCGAAGUCCCCAGCCGCGAGGACCCCGCCGUUCUCGAGAACCGCACCGUCUACCAGGCCCUCAUCCAGAACAUCGACCUCUACGGUCGCCCGCCCAAGCGCUUCUACGAAGCCCUCGCCGAGUUCGCCACCGACGAGAACCAGAAGAAGGACCUCCUCACCCUGGGCGGCCCCGAGGGCAACACGGAAUUCAAGCGCCGCGCCGAAGUCGACACCGUCACCUACGCGGACAUCCUGCUCGAGUACGACUCCGCCCGCCCGGCCUUCCACGACCUCAUCCGCAUCAUCGGCCCCUCCAAGCGCCGUGAGUACUCCAUCGCCUCGUGCCAGAAGGUCACUCCCAACUCUGUCGCCUUGAUGAUCGUUGCCGUCAACUGGGCCGACCCCAACGGCCGCGACCGCUUCGGUAUGGCCACCCGCUACAUGAGCCGCCUCCGCCCCGGCACUCCCGUCACCGUCUCGGUCAAGUCCAGUGUCAUGAAGCUGCCUCCCAAGUCCACCCAGCCGCUCAUCAUGGCUGGUCUGGGAACUGGUCUCGCUCCCUUCCGCGCCUUCGUGCAGCACCGUGCCCUCGAGAAGGCACAGGGUAAGGAGAUCGGCGCUGUCCUGCUGUACAUGGGCUCUCGUCACCAGCGUGAGGAGUACUGCUACGGUGAGGAAUGGGAAGCCUACCAGGAAGCCGGUGUGAUCACGCUCCUCGGCCGUGCAUUCUCCCGUGACCAGCCGGAGAAGAUCUACAUCCAGGACCGCAUGCGCCAAAGCUUGCCUGAGAUCAUGCAGGCCUACAUCCGCGAAGAGGGUGCAUUCUACCUCUGCGGUCCCACCUGGCCUGUGCCUGAUGUCACCGCCGUGCUGGAGGAGGCUAUUGCCGCCGAGGCGAAGAACAAUGGCAAGAAGGUGGAGACUCGCAAGGAGAUUGAGAAGUUGAAGGAUGAGGAGCGUUACGUUCUUGAGGUUUACUAGUGGCCUUGUUGUUGAUGAGGAAAAGUGUUUAUAUAUGAUAUGCAUGAUUUGAGCGCUCUUUUUAUGCCUGUUAUGAUAGAUCAUUCUCUUUUACGUGUUUAUGAUGAUCUUCCAAAAUGUUAUUAGAGCUAGAUAUCUUCAAUAC